AGGAACCUGGUCCAUUGUACCAAUAUCACUAGAGGACACCCUAUAGCAGCGGGGGGGUGUGUUGGCGCGCUCAAAACUUCUUCUGUGGUGGUGGUAUCGAGUGUCGUUGUAGUGGCCCACAAUCUCCGCAAAUCUCCGCAAGUUAGAUCGACACCCAGUGUCUUGUACUGCUUGUGCUCGCCGCCACUGAACCCAAUCUUCUGAACUGCAGGUUUACAGCAGUAGCUGAUGCCACCAGCUACUGCUGACAACCCGCAGUUGAGGGGUUUGCGGUCCGUGGUGGUGAGCACCGCUGUGACAAGUGUUGGGUUCCGCUUGGUUCCGGCGCAGAUUUCGGACCGUUUUCAGAGGCUGCUGCGACCUUCGAUAUUUCAGCCCCAGUAGUAUACCUGAACGUGCCAGCACGCACGACGCCUCUUGAUGAUAUCCUCUACUGAUACUAGCACAACGAACCAGGUUCCUCCGGCGGGAAGGUUGUUUUCUUUCUUUGUACUGUUAUAAAGUAUAAGAAAAGAGCCAGCGUCAAAAUCCAUUGUCUGGGUACCCUUAACCCUGUCCCAGGUCCCAGUUUGAAGGUUGAGAUUUGAAUUUUGACAAGCUGGGCUGGGUCGGUGAGUCAGUGAGUCGGUGCCAACCCGAAUCGCAACAAAAGAGAGUUCUAGAUACUUCUGUAUCAUACCUCGAACUUUUUGGACUUCCGCCGCCUUCCGCCGCCUUCCGCCUUCGCCUUCCACCCAUGUCCCACAUGUAUCCAAUCUCUACAGUCUGCAGUCUUGUGCAUGUGUCCCAAGACCCGUGCUCACACCAUUCCUCGAUCAACAACCCAGGUUUUCAGGCGAGCUGAAGGUACACCAGUAGGCGGCGCCUGUCUCGUCUCAUCCUCUGGAUACCAACAACAACCAAGACAAUGAGCGGACGUUUGAUUAUUUUGCCAAAGAAAAGCUGGCAUCCCGGAAAACGGGAGAAUAUCGAGAAAGUCCUUCGAGAUGAGAGGCUGGCUGCCGAGGAGGCAGCAGCGGCUCGGGAGAGGGCGAGAGAAAUUACCCAGGAGGGAAUUGUGGAAACCCUGACGAAAAAAAGGUCGGCUUCCGAGACAAUCGAAGGCGGGGCAAACGCGGCCUCAGGGACGCCGACCAGCCGGAGGCGACGAGGUCGAGGUCAAGACAGAGACGAGGAAGCUCUUGGAGGAAAGGGGCAAGGCUGGGGAGCUACGCUGCAGCAUGUUAACUUGUUCAGUGACGCCGAACGAGAGGCGGGAAAGAUCCUUGGGCAGAACAGUGACCAUCAGCGCGAAAAAAAAGAGCAGGAACUCCAAAAACAACAGCGUUCGGGGUUGGCUCCCACCGCUCUUGGUGACGGAUCGGCUGAGCUGAAAGACAAGGAUUCCCAACCUUGGUACACCAACCUACAACCACAGUCGACCGCUUGCGUGUCGAAGGUAGCGGCACGCACAGUUCGGCUGGGAAGAGAGGUGACGGGACAAGAGGCGGAAGAGGCCAUCAAGAGAGAUCAGAGGCGAAAGGGCCGGGCAGAUCCCAUGGGCUCCUUGUUCCGAUCUGGGGCGCAAACGACGCGAGGGAGUCUGCCUUUUGAAAGAAGGGGAACGUAUUACCAGCCGGAAGCGGCCACGGCAAACCCGCCUGGCGCUGCCGGAUUGUGUGUGGAUGAAGCCACUUUACACAGCGACAGAGGGGAACACGCCGGGAAGGCCAAGAAAGUCAAGAAGGCCAUGAAAGUCAAGAAGGACAAGAAGGGCAAGAAGGACAAGAAGAAAAGCGCUAAAGAGAAAAGUCAUUCCAAAGAGACGCAAACACGCAGCGAUCGGGAUAGAUUGGCCAGGAGACACGGCGACAGUGCUGCCGGGUUAUCUGGAGGCCGAGCGGAUGAAGCGACGGAUGCUCAACGUGAACAAAAAUUGAAGGAUCUGCGUAGCCGACGAUUGGCGCGUGAAGGUGGUGAACGAGAGCGACAGAUUCGACUCUUAGCUGAACGGGAGAUGGCUGGCCAUUCCCUUCCGGACGAACGAACCAGGGCCUACAACAACCAGUACAACGCUCCUGCUGCUCGGCAAAAUAGAAUUCGAUGAAAAAGAAGAAAGUUGCAAUAACAUCGGAGACGGAGACAAACAAGCUGUUAUCGGAAUUGCAAGAAUGUUUGCCUGUUCGCCGUGUCUGAGCGGCGCAAAUUGAACAAGCGGUUAUUGCGCCUAGUCAGCACUUAUGUCAACGACAAGAGUCUUUGUCUCCCAGGAUGUUUGCUGGUGCGUGGCUACUCAGCGGGUGAUUUGCAGGAGUCUGUCCGGCGUGCUUGGUUGCGUCACACCGCCUGCAUCACAAGUUAACAAAAUGACCUGCAGAAAACAGAGGUAGUCCUGUCCAUGCCAUUCGUCAGCCACGUGCUCCCCAGCUCCAGCGUUGCUGAUGCUUUUCUCCACAGAAGAACGGAAUAAACCAUUUGCGGAAGUUCGUGGCGAUGAUCCACGGAAGAAAAAAUGCUGAGCCAGGUUUGAGCCGCCAUCACUUGAGGAAGAUGGAUUUGCCCGAUCCACUACUGAGCCCCACCAGCACGAUUACACAUCGGCAUCAUCGACGGCGGUGAUACAAGUCUGUUGCCAGCUCGUGUAAACUAUUUGCAACAAAUUCGACCACAAUCUUUGGACAAGGGAACGGCAGAAGCAUUCUCGUGAAAAUUAGGGCAAGCAUUACUACGGUGGAGAGGAACAAAAUACAAACUCCGAUGUUGUGUGGCAUUCCUCCUACGUGGUGACCGAUGUGAGCAGCAAAACCGACUAAAGUGGAGGAGAAACAACAUUUUAUCAAGACGCCCUCAAUCAACGGGAAGACAACCCCCCGAAGGAUGGAUGGAUGUGGUAAAACGACAUGGUAUGAAGCAUGUUGUUGUCACGUACACCCCUUUGUGCCAGAUGCCAGAGCAAUCAUAAUUAUUGGCCGCGCUAAAUGCUAAUGAUAUAGGCUGGCCCGCCGUGAUCGUGUGAUCGUGAGCAGCACGACACAUGUACAUGUGCAUAGAGCCAGUGCAUAUCCCCAAUGGUGUGCUGCUGUGCUGCUGCUGUGUGUGUGUUGUGUGUGUUUUCGUCCUAUUUAUUAUGGCGAAAGUCCCCCCAUUUUCGUGGUGAGAAGUGUACUACACUUUUCAGCGUAGUAGAGUACUACACUGUCUGUUCAGUGUAUUUUUUCGUACAACUACAACCAUCCAGGGUCACACAGGAGGAGGUAAACACUGGGGCUUUUUUCUUUAUUUCUUUUCAUGCCCCACCUUCCUCCUGCGGUGCGUGCUGAAUUUUAUUUUUAUCGCGAGAAGGGUCUAGCUGUCCCUUUCCCUCGUCAACGGUGCUAACGUCGAACUUUGGUACUCACGAGAGCUUAAAUUUAGCUAUAUUUCGUUUUCACCCGCAAAUUCCGUAAAUUUUUCACCCCAUGGGUAUUCGAACUCACGACCUCUGGGACUAGCGGAUUACGAGGAUACCACUAGGAUACUGCCACUAGACCACCGGGGCGACGGGUAGACGGGUAGUCUGUGUACGCGGUAUCAAUUAUUUGGUCGGUACGCAAAUGCAUUUAUUUCCCGGAGCCCCCUUACUGGCCCGUCAGGAGGGCACGGGGAUUGCAAUCCCAUACACCUAUGCUAAUAAAUCACGAUUAAGGCGAAAUCCUGGGGGAGGGGGGGGGGGGGGGGGGGGNGUAUCGGGUGACGCCUGAUUUUUCAGGGGAAAAAACACUUUCAUUUGUCUUUGACUUUUAGCCAAUAAAUAUUGGUAGACCAAUCAAUUAGUAGUCUAGAUUGCUGUCUAAUCGAGUACUGGUACUAAAUAAUAAUAACUGUAAUCUGAGACUACGAUGUUUCUUGUCCUUCUAUUAUACAUCAUACUCCGUAUAGUAUAUAAUGGUAGUAAAGAAAUGGGGUAAGUUCCUUCUUGUACAUAUAUUAUGACGUGCCUCUCUUCCAACAGCCAACGACGUACGAACAGCACGUGGAAGCCCCGGUUGUUUACUUCUGAUCUUGUUGAAGCCUUUGCUGCUGUACGUACUAUCUACCUCUAUGCACUCAACACUUCUUACUUGCUGCCUGUCGAGCUUCCGCAUCAUCACAGCAGUAGUAUGACUACAUAAUAUAUAUACGAAUACAUAUGUAGUAGACUAUACAUACUACGCUGUUUUAGGUGCGCGAGAGCGCCCGCACAUUGCGGGAGAAGGGACGAUACCCCUACAUGGUGACGAAGGCAAGCCCGAACUGCCUCAAAAUCGCCUCCCCCACACCCCCCCGCUGCCUACGAACUUCACCAGAGAGCAUNGGGGGGGGGGGGGAGGGGGGUGGCAUAGGUGCGGGGGAUUGCAAUCCACGUGCCCUCCUGGGCCCGUGUGUGCGGUGGGUGCUGCACACCGCAGUGCAGCUAGCCUGACUUCUGGAAACCGCAACUGCUGCUGUGCACUUGCCACGGCUGCCUGCUUCGUUCCAACCGCCUUGCUUGUCCUGUGGCCGGAGGGAAGCUCAUAAGACUUUCAGCGAUGGUUCUUCAGGCAGCAAGGACGUUCCUGUCGGAGCUCGCGCACGUUAUCCGCCCAUGGACGCACGCGCCUGCCGGAAGCCAGCUUGUGAAUCUGGGAGGCGUGGGGGUGGCUGAUAUUGGUUCGGUGACGUCUAAUGGCCACGCAACCGAGAAUCUCUUUGGGCCAGUUUGGUUUGCUGUUCCCAAAAAGAGGGUUCCGUUGGGCAAGAAGCGCACAAGGACAGCUGACCGCACCCCAAAGCGGGUUACACAUUACAGCUUAUGCACCAAGUGCGGUCAACCGAAGUUGAAUCACAAGUUCUGCAACAACAUCGAGCUGUGUGCCAGUGCAGGACCCUCAGCACGGAACGAGCGAUAGUAAUGCAAUGCUUUCCACGCAAGCCGGUUUUACAUUUUUCGCGCGGAGGAGAAUUGACUUGCCUUUCAUGAUGGGAUACAAACACGACCUUUGGUACCGUUUCCUAAGGGGCGCGGGUAUUGCUUUUUUUUUUUUUUGUCUGUUUUUUUUCGCUGGGAAUGGGGCUCGAACACCUUUUGGAGGCAUUGGAACGCGUGCCCACACCGUGCGCAACACCAAGAGAUAUGUUCCGAGCGAAUGGAUACACUGGUAGCUGCUGCGCACGUAACCCAAGCAGGCAACAGAGACCAUGCCAAGAGGCAAGGUUUUUAGAUCAAUGACAGCAGGCGAGCGGGUACAGAUAUUUUCACUCUACAUUCAGGGAGAGUUGAAUACGUUGUCUUCGGAGAUCUAUGGGCAAGGUGAAUGCCACGUUUUGAGUAUCUCCGUUUAAUGUAUUCUCCGCUACGGCUGUUCCGUGGCAGUGCAAUAUAUAGUAGGGAGCGCUUUCGCAGAACUUGUGCGUACGUGUGGUGCUCGGCUCGUCGGGGUCUUGUAAGUCACGUAUGAGCUACCGUGCUGAGCACGACCUAUGCAGCAAGUCGCUGCUCUCGUUUGUGUUGACAAAAACGAUCGCCAGGUUCAGGUCAACAUCAAAACCUGCAUUUUUCAGGUUGUGCUCAUUAGGUUUGUGUCGGCUGGAAGAAAUGCGGAUGGUUCUGUGCGUGCUUGAAUUUUGGUAUACUUUCCUGAGCUUGCGAAAUCGAGUCCCUCCUGGUGUUUUGUCUCUAUUUCUCCACACCCCUUGGACGGCGGAACCCGACGCCCGCGCCUUGCGCACGUAUGGGACCAUUUUGCUCCUAGUAGGCUCGAAGGUUUCACAGAAGUUGUCAACGUACAGAGACAAAAGGAUUUGUGGCACGCAUUUAGCUGAUUGGUCAAAUAGAACAGCCUGGACAGUCGACCGACCUUUGGUUCUUGGCCCUGCGCAUGAAGCUGGUGCCGCCAGAGGCGCAUGAUACCUCAACCAUUGCCUGUGCACCGGGAGGUUGCAGUUUGAGUGAUUUGUUCUCAGCCCUAGGUGUUCCUGCUUGCAGAAGUACACCCAUGGUCAAACGGCGGCUGCGUAUUUUGACGAAGUUGAAAGACUUAGACCGGAACGACGACACCUGCACGCGACGUCCCUCGCAUUUGCUCAAGCACAUAUCCCCG